UCCCAUUUCCCUCUUUGUAUUUUUUAUAUAAUUAUCUUCUUAUUGUUUUUUCCCUUGUUCCAUGGUCGAUGCUAUACAAGAAAGUGCUUCCAGCAUGGCUCAAAGUGCGUUUAGACGGUCGCUAACCUUGUCGCAUGGAGCCACGUCGUUGAUAGCCAGACGGUUUUCAAGGUCCUCUUCGAAUCGACAACAAACCAAUAAUAAUAGUCCUACCACAGCCGAAACAAGAGCGGCUCGUCGUUGCACCAUUGCCGAUCCUAUGCAACUGUCUCCAUGUGAACAGCCUGCACCACUACCAUCCAACCAGACGCGAACACCCAGCAUUCACGUCCGCAUUGUGCCCAGCAUUGAAAAUCCCAGUCGAAGUUUGAUUUUCGAUAUUGUCGAUCGUGAAUUAGAAGCUGGUCUCUACAUCAAAAUAGGUCGAUUCACAGAUCGAAUCACUUCGCCCAACCAUAUUUCCUUCAAAAGCAAAGUCGUUUCAAGAGCUCACUGUGAACUGUGGCUGGAAAAUGACGGCAAGCUCUACUUGCGGGAUACCAAGUCAUCGUCUGGCACGUUUCUGAACCAUAUUCGUCUUUCAGCCGCCAACCAGGAAAGCCGACCGACCGAGAUCAAAGAUGGUGAUAUUGUCCAACUGGGUGUGGACUACCAAGGCGGUCAGGAGGAAAUCUAUCGAUCCGUCAAAAUGCGUUUUGAGAUCAACCGAACCCGCAGACCGCGUCCUCUGUCAUUCAAUAUGACAGCAUUUAAUAACCUGCGAAAUCUGACCAGUCCACGCGAUAGCUCGAUUUGCAAUCCUUCUUCUCUCAAUCCCUCUGCUAUUUUAUCACCACCACCGGUCUCUGGACCGGACGAUGAAGCCAAGCUUAAAUUGGACGAUACCAAUGCCGCGGUCCCGUCGCACUCAACAGCAUCAGCUGAUGUCACGAAAACUGAUAUUGACGAAUGCUGCAUCUGUCUCUAUGCCCUCGCGCCUUUUCAAGCUCUUUUCGUCGCUCCAUGCUCCCAUUCUUACCAUUACAAAUGUAUUCGACCUUUGCUGCAGAGUCAUCCCGGUUUUCAGUGUCCUAUUUGUCGGACUUAUUCUGACCUGGAAGCAAGCGUAGCGGUGGAAAUCGAUGAAGUUGCACAACAUUUAGGUCUAUGCCGACCUUCCCCUUCCCAUGGCGAUGGCUCCCAGGCGGCCCAAGAAUGUGAUCAGCCGUCCUCCCCUGUGAUGACGGAUCAGUCUGACACCGAUGUUAUGCAGCGCAUACCCUCGCUCGAAAGAAUCGAUGAAAACGCAGUGGCACCAGUUCCCAUUCACCCAAUGACGGUGACCAGCGGUAAUCUGUCCAACAUUCAACCCACGGGCGAACCUCUCUGUUCCACCCUCGUAUCGUCACCUGCUAGUUUCUCCGGCAUUCUUACCAACGGCACUUCCUCUGAUCUACGUGAUGCAGCCGCUCGUGAUCGACGCACAGUAUUUGUCGAGGAUACUCAGUUAUUGGAAAUGUAUAAUCGAUCGAUUCAACCCGAGGCGACGCAUCAUCCUCCGUCGACCCCAACCACCACCGACACCACCACCGCCAUUCCUGCCACGGCCGAUCCGGUAUCGCCUACAGCACGAAGCCAGCGUGGUACUCGGGUCAAUGCAGCGGGCUUAAUGGAAAAACUCAAGACGGCCCUAUUUGAAAAACGAAAAUCAUCCGCGGUGAAUGCCGAACAACGAUCUAAACGGGCCAAUCGUACCGCGGCGCGCCCACUGUCUUAUCCUUCGUUUCUACGCCGAUCCAACGACUCCAACGAUGAUGGUAUGAUGGAUUUGGAUGAUACCAGUUCGCACGAUGUACACUCCUCGGACCUGUCGCAAGGCUCGUCUUCCAGUGGAUCGGCUGUUCCACAAACCAAUCUUUCACCGAUCAUUGCCAACCCAACCUUGUCACGCCAAUCUACCACCCAUCUCGCCGAAAUUGCAGAAGUCACCGAAGAUAUUCCCGCUGCAUAAGUGAACAAGUGCUCUCGCCCCUUCCCUCAAAUCCGAUGAAUCAAAAUUGUCUAUAUUUAAAAAAAAAAUAACAAUCGAUUACGAUUCUAUUCUAUUCAAACGAUAAUCUCUCCUCUAUAAGUUUAUAAUGAUAAUAUCCCCCAUCUGCUUGUCCCUUUUUUUUUUUGUAAUAUAUAACGCAGUCCCUCGUUUCUGACUUUACAGUGUCACCUUCUUUUUUUUCUUCUUCUUCCAAUGCUUCCUUUGCUUCUCCUUACUAGUUUUAAAUUGGUUUAACCUAAACACACUCUUUGCCACAUCAGAAUAACUGUAUCUUGGACUGGCCGAUCUUUUCAUACCCCGUCGUUGAGAAAUAAUAAAGAUAUAAACAGGAGAGAAAAUCACCAGAGUUUUAAAAAGAGCGGGUUACAUUUAAUUGUAAGAUGAACCAUUGUGAAC